UUGUCUUUGGUAAUAAAGAACCGUUUCCCAAGCUCUACCUCUCGUUUCUCUUUCAUUCAUAAAUCCGAUACAUCCAACAUUCCAACUCCACUCCCAUUCGAUCUCACAUUCAUAUCUUCUACUUCUAUCAUGGAUCCAAACCCCAACGACGUCGUUCGCGAGUUCCCUCACCUCUUCCGACUCUACAAAGAUGGCCGCGUCGAACGCUUAAUGGGCACAGACACCACCCCUCCCGGCACCGACCAUCUAACCGCCGUCCAAUCCAAAGACGUCAACAUCAACCCCGACACCGGCGUCGCCGCCCGCCUCUACCUCCCCCCUAACGCCGCCAACAACCUCCCCCUCCUCAUCUACAUCCACGGCGGCGCCUUCUGCAUCUGCACCCCUUACAACAACGCCUACCACCGCCACCUCAACAACGUCGCCGCGAAGGCAAACGCCGUCGUCGUCUCCGUCCACUACCGCCUCGCCCCGGAGCACCCCCUCCCCAUCGCCUACGACGACACCUGGGAAGCCAUCCAGUGGGCUGCCGGCCUCCACGACCCGUGGCUCAAGGACCACGCCGAUCCCGAUCUUGUUUUCUACGCCGGAGACAGCGCCGGCGCUAACAUCGCGCACAGCAUGGCGAUGCGAGGAAAUGCUCCCGGAGCGUUGAAACUUCAGGGGAUGGUGCUGAUUCACCCUUUCUUCGGAAACGAUGAGAGGGACAAGCUGGCGGAGUUUCUGUUCCCGACGUACGGAGGGAUCGAUGACCCGAGGAUCCACGCGCCGCGAGACCCGAAGAUUUCAGGUCUCGGGUGCGGGAAGGUGCUGGUGAUAACGGCGGAGAAUGAUUUUCUCCGGGAGAGAGGGCGGAGCUAUCAUGAGGCAUUGAAGAAGAGUGGGUGGAGUGGAACGGUGGAAAUGGUGGAGACGCAAGGAGAGGGACACUGUUUUCAUCUGUUUGACCCCACCCUUGAAAAAUCUGUGGCUCUCGUGAAUCAAUUUUCCUCUUUCAUCAAACAAGUCCAGAAAGAUGUGCGUUCAUAAAAAUACUAUAGAGUUGAAGCAAGCCUGUAUCAAUGGAGUAUUAUUAUGAUCAUUUUGUUGUUGAAUUUGCUAUUUGUUUUGAUUUCUUUCUGCUUGUAAUAUUGUGACUAGGAAAUAUCGUGUGCAUGUGUAUGUUUUGGAUUUAGAGCUGAUUUCAUGUAUCUUAGAAUAUCAACGGAAAUCUAUUACUUUUCUGGUUAAGUUUAA